AAAAUUCAUACCAAUUGAUCGUCUCUCUUCUCUUGGCAUCAAAUUAACCACACGACCAUCACCAUGGCAAAACUCAACCACAACUUAUCCAUGGCGAUUGCUUUGCUCUCAUCCAUAUUAAUCGCAGCUUCAAUGGUAACAAGCGAAGAGGAGUUCAUGAUUACAAUCCCACCAGAACCAGAACCAGGUUUCUAUAAAACCAUAGAAGAAUGCAUCGAGAAGAUGAGUAGGGAAUGUGGGGAAAACAUUGUGAAAGCCGUUUUAGAAGAUGAAGAUAUUUCAGAGCAAUGUUGCGUUGAGCUUGUGCGUGGAAUGGGCAAAAUCUGCCACGAUGACUUGCUCCAGUUUUACGUCUCAUUGCCCCAGUUGGGUUUUAAUGUAACUCACCUUAACAUUAGAGGUCAUCAAGUAUGGAAUAUCUGUAUCUCAAAAACUCCAUCAAAGAUGUAACUGUUUUCUCAAAUGAAAUAAACUAAUACUGCUUCAAUAAAUUAA